GCAGUCAAAUUCUUUGAGUGGCAAACAUCGUAAAUAUGUUUUCAAAAGUAUUAAUUAUUGUUCUAAUAUUUGUCAGCCUUGAAUGCGUCAUUUCGUUCAGAAUAAAAUUAAAAGCAUUGGCUAAUAAGGAGAAAGAAGAUUUAAAAAUAUUGGUGGAAUCACUGGCAGACCUUGAAUACAGAUUUACGUCAUUUUGCGAUUUAUGGAAAAAGAGCAUACAUUCAGGACUUGAAAUAUUAUUCAAAUACCGAAAUCCUUACUUGCAGUAUCCGUUUAUUGAUGAAAUGCACUUACUGCUAGAAUCUGCAUUAAAAGAAGAGACAAAUAUCAAUGAAGAGUUUCGUAAAAUGAGAGUAAUCUUCAAAGAUUUUGACAAAAAAAGUGAUAGAGAGCAAGUAAAUGUCCAAGAAGAGAUUAAAACACUGAAGGUAAAGAUUGAUGCUUCUAUCGCCAGUGUUUUUAAAAUUUAUCCAGAUUUGGAUUCUAAAGUGAAAGCUGAGAUUACUCAAAAACAAAAAUUUUCAUUGAUGCACAAUUAAUUUUUUGUCGAGU